GCUUGUAGUUGUAGAUUAGAACUUAGAAGUAGAGCAACCCGGUUCACCGGUUCAAUCCGCAGAAUCUUGCUGGUAUUUGUGGGUCAAUGAACAUUCCAUUUUAGAAUGUACCAGAUCCGGUCGGAGUGUCUGGUUUGGUUCGGUUUUGACGCAUUUCGUUUCACUUAUCCGGUCAAUUUGAUCGUGAUUCAAUUUUCCGAUCGUUGAUCUCUAAAUCUCCUUACGAUCUCUCCUCUCACGAGUCUCCAAGUCGUCCAAGCUCAUAAAGAUUCAUCGAGAAGAAAGAUAAAAUCCUAAGUCUGGUGCAAGUCUCGAGUAGAAUAACAUCAUUUCUAGGACAUGGCAAACUCAUUACGGCUGUAUCUAGCAUGCAUAAAAAAUACACUCGAGGCUGCCAUGUGCUUACAGAAUUUUCCUUGUCAAGAAGUUGAAAGGCAUAAUAAACCAGAGGUUGAAUUAAAGACGAGCCCAGAACUUUUGCUAAAUCCUGUUUUAAUAUGCCGAAAUGAGGCUGAAAAGUGUUUAAUAGAAACAUCUAUAAAUUCACUCCGGAUAAGCCUCAAGGUCAAGCAAGCGGAUGAACUUGAAAACAUACUAACCAAAAAAUUUCUCAGAUUCUUGUCCAUGAGGGCAGAAGCUUUUCAAGUACUGAGGAGGAAGCCAGUGCAGGGCUAUGACAUAAGCUUUCUUAUAACAAACUACCACUGCGAAGAGAUGCAGAAACAGAAGCUAAUUGAUUUCAUUAUUCAGUUUAUGGAGGAUAUAGAGAAAGAAAUAAGGGACUUGAAGGAGUCAGUGAAUACAAGAGGAAGACUCGUUGCUACGGAGUUCUUGAAACAGUUCAUGUAAAGCAGCUCUUGAAGUAGUAUAAUGUAACCCUUCAUUGUAUCAAUCACUCGUUAUUUGGUUAAAAUCCAUCUACUCUUCAUUUUGCUACUUUCUCUGUUAUUCUAACACAACCAAAGUACCGAGCCAUCGGCUUGGUAAUUGUAGUGUAUGUAAUGCGAUACUUAUCAAAUGUGGUCUGUUGAUCGUAGAUGUUCGAACGUACAAUCCCA